GCCGCGUGCUAGAUAAACCAGAGCAGAGAUUUUGGUCAGUUAUUUGAUAUAAGUCUCAUCGCUGCCUGUGGGCGCGUUCAUUAAGUCGAGAAUAAUCGCACCAGAGUAAGGUUUUUGGGGUGCGUUGUGCUUCAAUACCGACGCGCUGUAGACUGGGUGAACCGGGGAAAAAUGCGCCAGCUGCUACUGCUGGCUGCACUAGUUGGCGGUGUGCUGUGUAUGACCGUCGAUUACAACAAGUACUACUAUUCGCGGCAGCCCGACCUGUUUCGUCUGCUGCGCAAGUAUCACCUGUGGCCGAGGAACGAGACGCUGAAGUUUGAGCGCCCGAGACAGGAUUUAAACGUACCCAGUCCGUUCAUUUUCGGCGGCGAGAGUGUGGCCAUCGAAUCUUACCCCUAUCAGCUGUCGCUGCGCCUCGAGGGAACGCAUAUCUGCGGUGCCUCGGUUAUAGCGGAACGAUGGGCACUGAGUGCGGCCCACUGUCUGGAUGAGGCGUUGUACCCGUCCGCUAUAACGUUUCGCGGUGGGACGCCGCAUCGGCUGGCGGGUGGUUACAUUUUCCAUGCCGAGUACUACCUGCUGCAUCCAAAGUUUGACCGACGCACGCUGGACUACGAUGUGUCCGUGACCCAUGUGCGGGAAAGUUUCUUCAUCGAUCCGAUACGGGCGGUAACGCUGGCCAACACCAACACGUACUAUCCGAUACCGUCGGCCGCGGUCGUGACGGGCUGGGGCUUGGCGGAUGCCGAUGGGUACGAGCCGCUGAUACUGCAAUCGCUGGAAAUCUACCUCCAGCAGAAGCAGUUCUGUUGGACCUCGACCAUCGAAGCUCUUACCGAUCGACAAAUCUGCGGCGGCAGUGGCGUUUACGGGAAGGAAACAUGCUACGGCGACAGUGGCGGACCACUGGUAAUGAACGGCUACCAGAUCGGGAUAGUGUCGUGGGGCUCGGACAACUGUGCCGUAAACAUUCCGGGCAUCUACACUUCCCUUACGAACGAUGAGGUGCGUGCGUUUAUUAAGCUGAAUGCGAACCCGAGAUCUUCAGCAAGUAAGAUGCGCGCGGUGUUCUUGUCCUUGGGCUUAGUGUGCCUAGCUGGGUUGGCGGUGGAUGGGCAGACGAGAAGCAGGAGCUUCUUCGAUUUCUUCUUCGACGUCGAGAACAGGCUGCAGAAUGGGCGUAUCGUCGGCGGCUCGACGGCCACGAUCGCCCGUUAUCCGUUCGUCGCGUCACUGCGACGAUUCUCGAACCACAUCUGCACUGCGUCGAUCAUUUCGACACUCCACGCUGCCACCGGGGCCCACUGUACCUACUCGUUCAAAUCCUUAUCCGGGGUGACCAUCUACGCGGGCAGCACGAGCCGCACGACCGGUGGCCGAGUGUUCGUUGUGACGGACAAUUUCAUCCAUCCGAAGUAUGAUCCGGACACGUUCGAUUUCGAUGUGGCCGUGCUGCGCGUCAAAACACCGUUCACGCCGAACAUGAACAUUGCCUCCGUGCCGUUGGUGCCGGCCAACUACGCCGUGCCCGAUAGGGUGCAGCCCACCGUUGCGGGCUGGGGUCGCACAUCGACGGGCGGAACUCUCUCGCCGACGCUACGUGCCGUAGCGAUCCCCGUCAUUGGUAACAUCCCGUGCCAGGAGCUGUGGAUUGAUACGGAUAUCACGAAUAAUAUGCUGUGCGCUGGUGCCAAGGGCAGAGACGCUUGCACGGGUGACAGUGGUGGGCCGCUGGUGGUGCCGACCACCAACUACUUCCAGCUGGUCGGUAUCGUGUCCUGGGGAUCGGCUGCGUGCGGUAGCGAAUAUCCGGGAGUGUACACCCGCAUGGCUUCACCCUCCAUUCAGAGUUUUUUAGCGCAGUACGUUUGAUGUCGUUGAUCGACGCCCGAGCGAUCGCCUCCGUUCGAUUGAACUAGAUUGUACGCAGAUUGUCGGCUGAACGUAUCACAACCGUGGGAAUGGCUGAAUGACAGAGCAGGGAACAGGGAAUUAGCACACACUGAACCGCCCGGAAAUAAACUGAA